AUAAUUUUUUGCGAAUUUACCUGAAGCCCAAUAAAACUAGUGAAAUAAAUCCAUUGGAAUCGGUAUUUAAUUGAGCAAAAAAUCCUACAGAAAUUAUGAGUGCAUUUCCGGGCACCGUUGCCUUUGAUGAAUAUGGCAGACCUUUCAUCAUUUUAAGAGAACAAGAUAAACAAAAGCGCAUCACUGGAACAGAUGCCAUCAAAAGUCACAUUUUGGCUGCUCGCCAAAUUGCCUCCACCCUCAAGACUUCAUUGGGUCCCAAGGGUUUGGACAAGAUUAUGGUGAGUCCUGAUGGCGAUGUUACUGUUACCAAUGACGGUGCCACCAUUAUGAAACUGAUGGAUGUUGACCAUGAAAUUGGUAAAUUAAUGGUACAAUUGUCACAAUCUCAAGAUGAUGAAAUCGGUGAUGGCACCACCGGUGUUGUUGUUUUGGCCGGAUCUCUUUUGGAGCAAGCUGAAGCUUUAAUUGAUCGUGGUAUUCAUCCCAUUCGUAUUGCUGAUGGUUUUGAGUUGGCCGCCCAGUGUGCAGUUAAACAAUUGGAAUCGAUUGCCGAACCAUUCCCCAUUGAUCCCAAUAACAAGGAACCGCUCAUUCAAAUUGCCAUGACCACUUUGGGUUCGAAGAUUGUCAAUAAAUGUCACCGUCAAAUGGCUGAAAUGGCUGUUGAUGCCGUCUUGAAUGUAGCCGAUAUUGAGAAGAAAGAUGUCAACUUUGAGUUGAUCAAGAUUGAGACUAAAGUCGGUGGUCGCAUGGAAGAUUCCAUGUUGGUUAAGGGUGUGGUGGUCGACAAGACCAUGAGUCAUGCUCAAAUGCCCAAAACCCUAAGGGAUGUAAAAUUGGCCAUCUUAACCUGCCCAUUUGAACCACCAAAGCCCAAGACCAAGCAUAAGUUGGAUGUUACCUCCGCUGAAGAUUAUCGUGCCUUGCGUGAAUACGAACAGGAGAAGUUCAUUGAAAUGGUAAAGAAGGUUAAGGAAGCUGGUGCCACUUUGGCCAUUUGCCAGUGGGGCUUUGACGAUGAGGCCAAUCACUUGUUGUUGCAACAUGAAUUGCCGGCUGUACGCUGGGUUGGUGGUCCUGAAAUUGAAUUGAUUGCCAUUGCCACGGGCGGUCGCAUUGUGCCACGUUUCGAGGAAUUGACACCCGAGAAAUUGGGUACAGCUGGUCUUGUUAGAGAAGUUUCCUUUGGUACUUCCAAGGACAAGAUGCUGGUCAUCGAAGAAUGCAAAAACUCCAAGGCUGUUACAAUUUUCCUACGUGGUGGCAAUCAAAUGAUUACUGCCGAGGCUAAGCGUUCCAUUCACGAUGCUUUGUGCAUUGUGCGUUCCCUAGUAAAGGAUUCCCGCAUUGUUUAUGGUGGUGGUGCUGCUGAAAUUAGCUGUUCACUGGCCGUUGCCAAGGAAGCCGAUCAAUUGUCCACCUUGGAACAAUAUGCCUUCCGUUCAUUUGCCGUUGCCUUGGAAUCCAUCCCCUUGGCUUUGGCCGAAAACAGUGGUCUCCAUCCCAUCGAAACCCUUUCGGAAUUGAAGGCACGUCAAGUUGCCGAAAAAUGUCCCAGCCUGGGUGUUGAUUGUAUGCUGAGCGGUGAUUCCAACAUGAAAACUCACAAUGUUGUUGAAUCGUUGAAUUCCAAGAAACAACAAAUCCUCUUGGCCACCCAGCUGGUUAAGAUGAUUUUGAAAAUCGAUGAUGUGCGCUCAAAAAAUCAGGGUGAUAUGUAUUAAAUGUAUCAAACGCCGUCG